AUGACACUAGAAAUUGGUCAUGGGCGUAUUGACACGCCAGCACAGUCUACAUUGUUGCCUUUUACUCGGACCUUCAUCAUCUCAGAUCUCCACAAUAAGUGGCCAUACUCGUCAGAGAACCCCGCUCUCAAGGUCGAUGUCUUCAUCCACUGCGGAGACCUUACGCAGUACGGCGGUCCACCCAGCUUCCAACGGGCCAUCAACAGCAUCAAGACCGUUGAUGCCGAAGUCAAGCUGGUCAUUGCUGGCAAUCACAAUAUUGAUAUAGAUCAGGCAUGGUUGGAUGAGUUCGCUGAAGAUGAAGACGAUGUUGAGAUUGGCGCUAAAUACGAAAUAUCGUUCACGGUGUACGCAACCCCAUACACACCAAAGUUUGGAGAGUUCGCCUUCCUAUAUGGCGAUGGCGAAGACAGGUUUAACGAGGGACUGAGCACGAUGUCAAAAGGUGUCGACAUUGUCAUAUCGCACGGUUGCAGCGCAGCUACAGUGAAUUGGGGACCGAAAGAGCUGGAAUUCACUAUUGAUGGUACCUCUAUGUCUAGGACUGGCGAGGGAGUUGAGACCCUACUUGUCAAUGCUGAUAUAAUUGGUGACGGGAAGAGAUGGCUAAUGGACUUGAACCUCUAGAAUUGUGAUGACAUUGCACCACUGUCUUCAAUAGAUGCUUCGUAUUGUUCAGCGGAUUAUUUGAGCUAUCUUCCAAUCAGGAAGUUAAAACAUUCUCUCCCUAGCGCAUUUGACUAUAUUCGUGACCCCUCAAACCUUGCCCGCCACGAAAGCAGCAGCAGCAGGAGCAUCGAUCUCAUAGUUCCUGUGCUCAGGGGUGAUGAUGAUGCCGUUAUCGCAGAUAUUGUCACCCUCAUGGCAGAUGAUAAGAACCUUGGAGCUAGCGACGCUGCCGAACGACUCAUCGCGGUCUGCAUCGCCGAAUGUAACAACUAGUGAGGUCAAUAUUAAAUCCAAAUAUGUGAGCCUCAUCUGUGACUUACCGGCGCUAACCUUAGCAGCAGCCUCAGCUGUAAGCCUUUGAGUGGCAGUGUGUACGAGCUGAGCACCCUGGCUGUACCCAGAAAUCACGAUCUUCGUGGAC